AUGUCCCUGACGGAUUUUUUGGCAGAUCAGUCAACCGGCUCUUGGGCUGAUGAAAUGGAUGAUUUACCCUCUGCGCCUGCCGCGGCCUUUUCAAGUCAUGGAGAACACGAUGAUUUACAUCGUCGUGGUAGUGGAUUUGGUGAUAGAAGUAGGAUGUAUCCAUCCGGAAAAACGAGUUCAAGAGAUUCACGCUAUGAAUCUCGCGAACCGACACGUGAUUCUAGGUUUGGGAGUCGCCCCGAACGACCACCUCAACCCUUGCCAACAUCACCACCAUUUACUGCGCAUCUUGGAAAUUUACCGUUUGACCUAACUGAAAACGAUGUGGAAUCGUUCUUUAGGAAUUCAAAAAUUAUUACCAUCAGAAUUCUUCGUGACAGGGAUGAUAAACCUAAGGGUUUUGGAUAUGUUGAAUUUGAAGACGUAGAGUCAUUGACAAAAGCGUUGCAGUUGAGCGGAGAGUCGCUUGGGAAUCGACCAAUCAGGGUUAGCGUGGCUGAACCACCAGCUCGUGAUCGAGAACAACGUGAAGAUCGGACGGCUGGCGAAUGGCGACGAGCCCCUCCAAGGGAACCAUCCGUUUCAUCUCCGAGGAACGAUCGCUUCAGUGAUAAACCUAGUCAUAGAGAAGAGAGAUGGGGAGACCGCGGAUUUCGUGAUCGUGGAGACCGUGGAGACCGAACUGAUCGUAGUGAUCGUAGUGAUCGCAGCGAUCGCAGUAGUGAGAGAGUAGAUCGUGGAGGAAGUGGUGGAGAAAGAUUAGAUCGUAAGAUCGAUACGGAAUGGAGAGGCGGCGCUUUCAGUAACAGCAGGUCAAACAGUUUUCGUGAACGCCGUUCGGAGGAAAGAAUUGGUAAAAAUAACAAUUCAAUGAGAAAAUUUGAAGCAGGAUCGUUUUCAAAAUCAAAAUCUGAAAACUCGGUUUCUAUCAAUACGCGUGCAGUGGCAUCCGAUACUGGCACAUCAGUGCCAGUGCGUAAAAAGUUAGAACUAAAACCACGAAGCACGGUCGCACCUUCAAAUGAAGCACCUACUCCACGAUCGGCAAAACCAAAUCCGUUUGGUGAUGCCAAACCAAUAGAUUCGGACGAAGCGCUCCGACGAGAGGAACCUGGUGAUGCUCACGAAAAAAUCAUUGCAACAACUGAAAACGGAACCGCCGAAUAA